AUGCCCAGGGAUAGCGGCUUCUCCGCUCUCCAAGUUGACGAUACUCGCCUGCGAAUGCACGAGAUUCUCAGUUCAGCCAUUUCUGAUCACAUACAAAGUGUGGUAGAAUUCGCUAAGGCCAUUCCUGGCUUUGUUUCACUCGACCAACCGGAUCAAUUGACGUUGCUUAAAGCGGCCUUUCCAGAGGUGUGGAUUCUUCAGGCCGCACGCACAAUCUCUUACCCAGAGCAAACCAUCCUACUCUGCAAUGGAGCCAUAGUCUGCAGAAAGGAACUGGAUUUCAUCUAUUCGUCCACCCUGAUGUGCGCAAUCUUCGAAUUCGCUGCCGAAUUCAACGCCCUGAAUUUAAGUGACAUCGAAAUUGGCCUUUACAGUGCAAUCCUCCUUACCAAAUCGAAUCGAAACGGAUUGUCCGACACGGCUAAGGUUGCAGCGAUACAUGAACGUUUUCUGGCCGCGCUGAGCUAUCAGUUGGAGGAAAAACACGGAUCUGUUUCUGACAUCAUGAAUGGGCUUAAAGUAGCAACAGGUCGACUUGCACAAAUAUCGGAGUCGCUGCAUUUUGUAAUGAGUUGGUUCCGAAGCCUCUGGUACCGCACCCACCUACCGCCACUGUACUCCGAGAUUUUUGACAUUGCACAGGGUGACAGCUCUGCACGGGUGCCUCAAGCUCAACCGUAUAUGCCCAUUGACUUUCAGUCACUUACGUGUGCUUCUGCACAAGCUCCCGUAGGCUACAAUACCGGGACAACGAGCUACAUGGCAGCCAAGGCACCGCAGACACUAUUUCAUUACCACCAAUAUCAGAACUUCCCAGCAUCUCAAGAUUAUUUUGCAAUGUACAACGCUCAGGGUAACACCUAUCCAAACAUGACUGACUACACCGAUGAGUCAAACCAGCAGCAGUUUAUUUAUACAUCAGGCCAUGAACGAUGGCACAGCAGUGCUUUCGAGCCCUAUUCAACUGAUAUGCAAUCGACAGUAAGAACAUAUAGUCAUGAAACUCAAAGAGUCGACUCGGAUGUAGUUGGAGAUCACUCGAGGGAUGAAAACGCCUCCACUAGUACAUACACAGAAAGUCAUGUGCGUUCCAGAAGUCAUAGUUCUACUACGUCACCUGGGAGCAUUACUUCCGUGGCCGACAGUACGAUAGUGUCUGGAGAUGAUCCUUUUACGGCUUAUCAAAGUGUCGAUGUUCCAGCACUUUCGAGGGCUAAUUCAAAUGUGGCUGACAUCGAGGCCGAAGGAAUCCAUCCAAAUUGGGAGAACUUGUCUGAAUUGAAUGGAUUAGAGAAAGAUGCGAAUGGAUUGAAACCAGAAAUGCCGACUCUAAUUCCAGCUCCAGAAAUUAUGGCCGCGAUUGAGAGAAGAAAGGACAUAUCAACUCCACUUGAGUCAAUGACUGAUGAGGGCAUCGAACAUGAAGAGAUGCUCCCGGUGGAAAACAGAAACGGUUCAUGA